AUGAGUGACCACUACGACCAUUACAGAAAAGACAUGAACAGAAGCAUCUUCAGUAACGACAAGCGGAAGAGAAGCAAUAGUCGACACGAUAACCAUGAAAGGAAGAAGGAGCACCACGAGGAGGGUACCUACAAAAGAGCCAGGGGGGUGGAGGACGAUGAAGAGGAGGAGGCGAGAUAUAGCAGAGAUAUGAAAUCGUAUAGGAAGCGCCUGAAGGAACAGUGGGGUGAUCGGAUAAGGCGAGACCGAGAUCGCGAAAAAUACUACCAACGGGACCGGGACCGCCGCGGAGACAGAUCCCCAGAGGAACGCCCGAAAAGAGCCAAGAGGAAGGAACACCUAUACAGUAGCAGUGACGAAGAAGACGAAGAGACGGACGAAGGGAAUAGCAGAAGCAGACAUCGAGGGAGUAGCGGAAGGUACGCAAAAGACGCCGCGACAAGGAGGGUGGAGCGCGAGAGGGAUAGGUACGAAGGGAAAGACAGUCUCCGGGAAAGGAGAAGGUCAAGGAAACGAAGCACCAGUGACGACAGAAGCGACGAUGGAAGUAGUGACAGAAGGAAGGAACGGAAAAACUUCCGUCGUCGCCAUUCCUCGGAGCGCAGUAGCUUCUCCGAAAAGAAUUCGAUGAAGAAAAAAAAAAAAAAAAAAAAAAGUUACUCCUCGUCAGACGAGGAAAGUAGCAACACGGACAAGGAGGUGAACAAACGGAGGGAAGGUAAUAAAAAAAAAAGGGAGAAAAAUGAGGAGGGGGGGGAUGGAGAACGAUCGAAAAGGGAAGACAAAAAUGGAGCACCUAUUGUUACUGCCACUAACGUUGUCGGAGGUGGUGGUGAGGAAAACCAUGAAGACGAAAACAAGCUCUCCAGGCUGGAGCGACUCAAGCGGUUCGCACAGAAGAUCAUGAACAGGGGAAACGACGAGGGAAGUGGUGAGGCUGGCACGAAGAUCAACGCGAAGGUCGAAAGGGAGAUUGGCACAAAGGGCACCAAGUUUACGCUUAAUAAGGUAAUCAGCAGCGCCGGCAGGAAGUUCGACCUGGACGCAUUUGGGGGAGGCAGACAAGACGAAGAGGAUGGCGAUGAUGAAGAGGAGGGGAAAAAGAAGUUGACGAAGAGGGAGCAGAAGAAUUGUGACACACGUCAAGGUCUGGGAAGAGGGGAUCUGCUUUCCAACUGGCCCGAGGAGGAACCUGCUGUAGGGGAUGACAAUGAAGACCCCCUCGAAGUGUUCAUGCGAAACUUGGAGCAAAACUGUGGCGAGGAAGAAGGAGAAGCGGUGGGCCCCAAUCAGGCCAUAACACUGGAGGAGAUUUAUAGGUAUGAUGAAAAUAGGCACCGAUUCGAGGGGGCAAAGCAAACGGAGGAAGAAGACCCCGUAGAAGCUGUCCACUCAGGAGAGGUCGCUAAAGAGACGAACCAAAGGGAUAUGCAGGCGCCCCAGAGAGCUGAUUUGGAAGAAGAUGAAGACGGCGAGGAAUAUCACCGAUUGUUCAUUGAAGCAUUGAGGAAGAAAGGAGAAGAGGAAGGCAACGGAAAUGAGGCGUUGGCACCCCAUGACGCGGGAAUUUGCGCAGGUAGUGGCGCAGGUAGUGGCGCAGGUAGUAGCGCAGGUAGUAGCGAAGCCAUAGAAAAUUUGAGCGAAGACAGCGAGUACAACAUCGAAACGAAUGUCCUGAAGAAAACGAAUAAGAAGUUUCUUCAGGUGAAUCGUGAGGAAGUGGAAUAUCUACCUAUAAAAAAAAACAUAUACGUGCAGGUAAGUGAGAUAACAAACAUGAAGGAUAGCGACGUGGACCUAUUCCGGAAGAACAACGGAAAUAUAAUUGUGAGAGGAAAGAACUGUCCACGACCAGUGCAAUACUUUUACCAAUGCGGAUUGCCAUCAAAAAUACUACCCAUUUUGGAGAAAAAAAAUUUUAAAAAAAUGUUUGGCAUACAGAUGCAGACGAUUCCAGCUUUGAUGUGUGGGAGAGAUGUUAUCGCUAUUGCUGAGACAGGAAGUGGGAAAACUCUAUCGUACUUGUUUCCAUUGAUUAGACACGUUCUUCACCAAGCACCUCUUCGAAAUAAUGAUGGCCCAAUUGCCAUAAUACUUACACCGACUAGAGAAUUGAGCAAGCAGGUGAAGAGUGAAGCGAGACCCUACUGUCAAGCGGUGAACCUGAGAAUCUUGGCUGUCUAUGGGGGAUCAAACAUUGGAACACAACUAAAUACACUUAAGAGAGGAGUGGAAAUAUUAGUUGGUACCCCCGGUCGUAUAAUUGAUAUUCUAACGAUAAGUAAUUGUAAAGUUACUAAUCUUAAUAGAGUAUCUUUCGUGGUUCUCGAUGAAGCAGACCGUUUGUUGGACUUGGGAUUUGAAUCUCAAAUACACAACAUUCUUAACAACUGCAGGAAGGAUAAACAGACAGCUAUGAUUUCGGCUACCUUCCCAAGUUACAUCCAGAACCUAGCUAAGAAGUUGCUUUACAAACCCAUCGAAAUUAUUGUCGGCGAAAAGGGAAAAACAAACAACAACAUAUACCAGUUUGUUGAAGUUCUACAGGUUAAAGAGAAGAUAUUUAGGCUCUUGAAGCUCCUUGGAGAUUGGAGCACUUAUGGUUUGAUCCUCAUUUUUGUGAAUAAGCAGUUAGAAGCAGAUCUCCUUUAUUUAGAACUCUUUAAGUAUGAUUACAAAACGUUAGUUUUGCAUGGAGGACAGGAUCAAGCUGAUAGAGAAUUCACUCUUCAAACGUUCAAGGAAGGGAAAAACAAAAUACUUAUUGCCACUUCAGUUAUGGCUAGAGGUAUCGAUAUAAAGGAUAUCAUCGUUGUAAUUAAUUAUGAGUGCCCAGACCAUAUAGAAGAUUAUAUUCAUCGUGUUGGAAGAACAGGUAGGUCGAACAAAAUUGGUUAUGCGUAUACCUUUGUCAGCCCUGAUGAACAUGCCAAGGCGUAUGAUAUCUACAGCCUCAUUAAGAACAACAUAUAUUACAUGAAUAAAACGAUUGAUAUCCCCAGACAGUUGGAAGAACUCGUUCUAGAGUACACCCAGAGUAGUAAUUUUGCGGAGGUUAAAAAGAAGGGUUACAAAGGGAAAGGCUUCAAGUUUACUCCAAAUGAAAAAUCCCGCCUUCAGAUGGAUAAGGCCAAUGCCAAAAGAGAACUUGGCUUAGUGCGCGACAAGGAGGGGGCGGCGGAGAACCCAGCGGAGGGAGAUGCCCCCGACGGAGAAAUGCAGGGAUCAUUUGAUGGAGCAGCGGCAAGCAGAAUGGGUGGAAAUGCUCCUCCAAUGGUAACUCCACAAUCGCAACCACAACAGGCACAACCGCAACCACCACCACCACCUCCACCGCCUGGAGAGCCCAGCCCACAAAGCGAAAUAAAGCGAAUCGAACUGGAGAUACAGAGGAUAAAAAUGAACGACACCAUGGACCUGUCGCUAAAGGCCAAACAAAUAAAUGAGUUGAUGAAGACCUACAACUUCGUGGCCCUCCAACAAAGUACCCUCAAAAAAAAUGCAGACAGCACGGAGGAUACUGAUAUAGAGAAAAUGGCCGAACAGGAGGCCACCAAGGCAACAGAACACAUAAAGAAUGAAACGGAAAGAAAGCAACUCUUUAACAAAAUUAAACAAGACGUAAAAAAAAAAUUAAUGGACAGUAAGAUGCAGAGCAACUCCAAGGCGGAGAACAUUCACAGGAGUAUGCUUUUAAAUUCCAUGAGGACAAGAAACAUGAAAAAAUACUCUCCUUUCAUUCCUCACACCUAUAUUAUGGAGGACAACUCCAUUAUGCAGGAGUUCUACAUUAAUGACUAUCCGCAACACGUGAGGUUGAGGAUAUGCAACCGAGAGGUGCUCUCUCGCAUUUCCGACAUGUCUGGUUCAAGAUGCCAGAUAAAGGGUCAAUACUCCAACCCCAAUCAGCCAAAUAAGACCACCUUUCUUCUUGACGCCAAGCCGCUACACAUUGAAAUAACCGCAUCCAACUAUAAUCAGGUGCAGAUUGCACACAACGAAUUCACCUCCAUGAUUAAUCAGUUACUUCAGAAUAGCAACAUGAAGGGGCAUCGGAAGGGGUGA